CUUAACUUCCUUAACUUUUCCCAUUCAUUCUCUAUGGUAGUUCUUAUCACUACGGAUGUAAUAUUUUUCUGGCCACAAGCGGGAUUUUGGUGGCGCUGUUUCCCCCCUCGGCAGAAGUAAGGGGAUGAUUUAUUUUCUGAGUGACAGACAGCAUCGAACGUUCUCGGGCGUUGAACGUUCUGGAAGAGUUGACAAUUAUUUUCAUCCGUGGACAAGUUAACUUUUCGCCAGGAGACACCAAGUUAACAACAACAAGUUAGCUUUUCAAUUUGAAAAGAAAUCAUGAAUCCCGUCAGCUUCUUCCCCGGAAAGAUGACGGUGACAUUUAGGAGGGGACCAUCGGGUCAUCUGCGGCAGGACCCAUCCUCUGAGGCCAUGAGGAUAAAACAUAAUCCUGGGCUUCAGGUCAAUAGUCCCGCUGAGAAACCUGAGCUAGUGAAGACCAGCGCUCGCACUGUGGUCAUCCAGCGAGGAGGGGAUGUGUCGGACCGACAGGAGGUGAUGGGAGAGUACCUGCUGCAGUUUGGCAAGUACCAGGGAAAAUCGUUCAAGUGGCUCCUCGAGAACGAUGUUGGCUACACCAUCUACCUGAUGAAAAAGGUAGACGAUGAGGAGAGAGCCGGGACCUUCAACCCACAGGGACACAGUAAGGACAGCCUGCUGUCUUUUCUGGACUAUGCCAGGAGCUUCCAGGAAAUACAGGACCUGAGGAACUACCUGAUCUCCAGGAACCCUGCUGAACCUGUGGCGUCAGAGGGGGACAAUAUUGUCGGCUUUGGUCGCAGGGCCAAAACCACCUGGAGGCAGAUCUGGGAGAGCAGGGCGGAUGGUUAUGCUGCCUACAUCUCACGCCAAAAGUGCAUCAAAAACAGCAAGAUGUACAACCUGCAGCAGUACAUCCUCAAGCAGGAAAGGGCUGAAUCCUGUCCAACACCUGCAGAAGGCUCCACUACAUCUACUGCCUCCAUCCCAACAUCAGGCACUCUAGAAGGCUCCACCACAUCUACUGCCUCCACCACAUCUACUGCCUCCACCCCAACAGCAGGCACUCUAGUGAUGGAGGAGGACGAGGAACUGGAGAGACAGAUGUUGAACCUGUCUCCAUCUUUAUUUGACACCGGAGUAAGCAGGUGGAUCAUCAAGGGUGAAACCGUAACUCUUCCGGUACUUGAUCAAAUGUCCCCGGUGCUUUCAGGCCCACCAGCAGCAGUCCAGGGAAGAGCAGCUGUGGAUCCAACGAAAGGAAUUAACAUGCCGUCGAAGAUGGUAAGUGUUUUGUGUUAUAUGCAUGCUUCAUUUAAGCUGUCGUUCAAGGAUUUGGCGUGUGAAAUACCACAGAGGCUUAGAUACAGGUUCACAUGCCACAUCUUUGAUUGACCAGUGAUAUUCUUACUAUAUACUUAUAUUGCUUCUGUGCUUUACCUGUUCUCAGAUGCUUAAACGAUUUGUGUUAUUACAUUUCAAAUACACAACAAUUCAAAAUUGAAUGAAAAAUGUUUAGUCUGUGCUACCAGUUAGCUGCAAAGACAACAGGUAAAGUCAGAUUGCAAAGCAUAAGAAACUUAAAUGUGUGAGGAAAAUGACACUGAUUGU